UGAAACCCUGAACUUCAUUACACCUGCGAUUCAUUUUAACUUUACUGUGCAAAUGGCGAAAGAAUAAUGUAUUUAAUAUUUAAUGUAUUGCUGAGUUGUUGUUGUUGUUGUGUGAAUACGGUUAGCUAGCCAUUCUAACAUGGAGCAAACAGAAACAGCCGAGGAGCUGUUAGCCAAACAGCAUCGCAAGGAGAAGAAAGAGCUGCAAGCUAAAAUCCAGAGUAUGAAAAAUGCUGUACCUAAAAAUGACAAGAAAAGGAGGAAGCAGCUGACUGAGGACAUCACCAAGCUAGAAGCUGAGCUGAAUCAGAAACACGAGAAUGAGCUCGGACAGCUGCACACUUCUGCUGAAGUGAAGGUUGAUGAGGUUACAGAUGAUGUCGAGUGCAUGAAUGUGUGCGGCGGAGAACAAGCAGAUCUGAAACAGACCCGAUUAUCCAAAGCCCAGAAGAGAAGGGACAAGAAAGCAGCUCAGGAGAAGGAGAGAGAGAACCGCAUCGCCGAGGCUGAAGUAGAGAAUCUGUCGGGGUCUAGACAUCAGGAAGGACUAAAACUAAGUCAGAAACUGGCAGUGAAGCAGCUGCAGAUUAAAGAGAUCUCGUCUGAUGGCCAUUGCAUGUAUCGUGCAGUAGAGGAUCAACUAACAGGGCGCGGCUGUUCUCUCGGCAUCCAGGAGCUCAGAGUUCAAACAGCUCUGUACAUGACGAGCCAUGAGGACGAUUUCCUGCCCUUUCUUACCAACCCCAACAGUGGGGACAUGUACACUGCAGAUGAAUUUGAGAAGUACUGCAGUGAUGUUGCAGAAACAGCAGCUUGGGGUGGACAAUUAGAGUUAAGAGCUCUUACGCACGUCCUCAAGUUACCGAUAGAGGUUAUUCAAGCGGAGACUCCUGCUGUUAUUAUUGGUGAAGAGUAUGACAAGCCACCCAUCACUCUUGUUUACAUGAGGCAUGCAUAUGGACUGGGCGAGCACUAUAACUCUGUUGAACCACUGAAAGAUGCAACGGGUGAAGAACAAAACUGAAAUCGUUUGAGCUGGAAUCUUUUUCUAAUUGGAUGGAGGCAAAUACACAAACACGUGGCUUCGGUUAUUCCAGAUUUAGAGUAAAUGCUGAAACAGCGGAGAGAAGGCUUCCAGAAGAACCAAGCGAUGAUGGCUGUUAGAUUGCUUGUCAAUUAGCUUAUCAAUUUAUGCGCAAUAUUCCCAGGAUAUCAUCAUAGUUGAUAAAUGUGCAGUGAUUAGGUCUGUGGAAAUGGGCUACAAAGAAGCUUGUGUUGGAAUAAAUAAAAAAAAUAAAU